GAUCGAUCCGACGAACCUACGGCGAGAGACCCCUGCCGAGGACGCGACGUCGUUUCCUCUUCGUCCGGAGUCCGCCCGUCUUCUCCGUCGCCCCGCGCGGCAUGUCCGAGUACGAUCGAGUCAGGACUGGCAGACUCGUUCUCAAGGGUCACGCCAAGAAGGCCAAAAAGAGGAGACGCGAGAAGAAGGACCGGGAAGAGAGCGUCGUCGUCGCGGGACACGACGAUACCCUUGCUCACGGUGGCUGGUGGAGAGCUACGCGAGUGUCCGAGGUCACGGGAACGGUGGCCGUCGAGUUUGGAACGCGAGUCUACGUCAAGGCUCUCGACAAUGGAUUGUUCACUUUGGGCGCGCCGCACCCGCACGGCGAGGGACCUUCCCCCGAAGAGAUUCUCACGGCUUUUCCCAUAGGCGACGCCGGCAAGGUCGCCUUCAAGUCUGGUUACGGAAAGUACUUGGGCGUCGACAAGAACGGUGUCGUCGUCGGACGCAGCGACGCGGUAGGCGUCGUCGAACAGUGGGAACCCGUCUUUCAGGACGACCGGCUCGCUGUCCUCAACGGCAGUAACGAUCGUUUCGUGUCGGUCACCGCCGACGAUGACGUCGUUUGCCGGAGUGCCACUGCUGGCUCGUCCGAGUUCUGUACCGUCAGGAGCGUCGCCCGCAAGACCGCCGACCCCGACGAACGCGUCCCCACCGAGGAACGGGGAUCGCUCCGCGACGUCGAAGUCAAUUAUGUUAAAAAGUUUCAAAAGUUCCAAGACAAGAAGUUGAGAGUCAGCCGAGAGGAUCGUUCGAGGUUACAACGGGCGAAACAGCGAGGAAAUUUGCAUGAAGCUUUAUUAGACAGACGAAGUAAAAUGAAAGCGGAUCGAUAUUGUAAAUGAUCGUCGUUUUGUCUAUCGUUCGAGAUUUCUAAACUGUCGGUACGCCAGUGUUCAAUAAACGCCCGGAAAGCAAAUCGCA